CGGAGGGGGGAAGGAAGGAGGGAAGGCUGGAAGGAAGGAAGCAAGGAAAGAAAGAAGGAAAGAAAGGAAGGCAAGAAGGAAGGCGGGCGGCGGGCCGGCGAGCGAGGGCGCCGGGCCGGGCGGUAGGCGGGCGGGCAAGCCAGGAGGCAGAGCGGCCCCCCGAACCCCGCUGCUGCAGCUGCGGAAGCCCCCUCCCCAUCCCGGAGCCGGGGAGGGGGGGAGAACGCGCGAGACUCGGGCCGGCCACAGCCCCGCCCCCCGCGCCUCCCCGCAACGGGCCUCGCACCCCAAAUCCCUGUGCCUCAUUGGGGGGGUCCUCCCCCCACGGGCCGGGCAUGCUGCCCCCCGGAAGGAGCCCCUUUCCUCGCUCACAACCUCGACGGGAAGUCCCAGAGAACUGGGGAGGCAUAGCCCCUGGCCGACUGGAGGCAUGUGGAGGAGGGGGCCUGGGGCGCAGGGAGAGGCCCAGCGGAAGCCGAGCCACCGGGCCCCCGGCACCCACACGGAGCAUGACCAUUGAGGAUGGCGCACGCCCGCGGCUCCCAGUGCCCCCCACUGCCGCCCGGUAGGAUGUCCUGGCCCCACGGGGCACUGCUCUUCCUCUGGCUCUUCUCCCCACCCUUGGGGGCCGGUGGGGGCGGUGUGGCCUUGACGUCAGCUGCAGCAGGGGGCUCCCCGCCAGCCACCUCGUGCCCCGCGGCCUGCUCCUGUAGCAACCAAGCCAGCCGGGUGAUCUGCACAAGGAGAGAGCUAGCCGAGGUCCCAGCCAGCAUCCCUGUCAACACGCGGUACCUGAACCUACAGGAGAACGGCAUCCAGGUGAUCAGGACAGACACAUUUAAGCACCUGCGGCACCUGGAGAUCCUGCAGCUGAGCAAGAACCUGGUGCGCAAGAUAGAGGUGGGCGCCUUCAACGGGCUGCCCAGCCUGAACACACUAGAGCUGUUUGACAACCGGCUGACCACGGUGCCCACGCAGGCCUUCGAGUACCUGUCCAAACUGCGGGAGCUCUGGCUGCGCAACAACCCCAUCGAAAGCAUCCCCUCCUACGCCUUCAACCGUGUGCCCUCGCUAAGGCGCCUGGACCUGGGUGAGCUCAAGCGGCUGGAGUACAUCUCGGAGGCGGCCUUUGAGGGCCUGGUCAACCUGCGCUACCUCAACCUGGGCAUGUGCAACCUCAAGGACAUCCCCAACCUGACGGCCCUGGUGCGCCUGGAGGAGCUGGAGCUGUCAGGCAACCGGCUGGACCUGAUCCGCCCGGGUUCCUUCCAGGGCCUCACCAGCCUACGCAAGCUGUGGCUGAUGCAUGCCCAGGUGGCCACCAUCGAGCGCAACGCCUUCGACGACCUCAAGUCCCUGGAGGAGCUCAACCUGUCCCACAACAACCUGAUGUCGCUGCCCCACGACCUCUUCACGCCCCUGCACCGCCUGGAGCGUGUCCACCUCAACCAUAACCCCUGGCAUUGCAACUGUGAUGUGCUCUGGCUGAGCUGGUGGCUCAAGGAGACGGUGCCCAGCAACACAACCUGCUGCGCCCGCUGCCACGCACCCGCCGGCCUCAAGGGCCGCUACAUCGGUGAGCUAGACCAGUCGCACUUCACCUGCUACGCACCGGUCAUCGUGGAGCCGCCCACAGACCUCAACGUCACAGAGGGCAUGGCCGCCGAGCUGAAGUGCCGCACGGGCACCUCCAUGACCUCGGUCAACUGGCUGACGCCCAACGGCACCCUCAUGACCCACGGCUCCUACCGCGUGCGCAUCUCCGUCCUGCACGACGGCACGCUCAACUUCACCAACGUCACCGUGCAGGACACGGGCCAGUACACGUGCAUGGUGACGAACUCGGCCGGCAACACCACUGCCUCGGCCACGCUCAACGUCUCGGCGGUGGACUCGGUGGCGGCCGGCGGUGCUGCUGGCGGUGGGGGCGGCCCAGGGGGCGGAGGUGCUGGUGGAGGGGGCAGUGGUGGCUACACCUACUUCACCACGGUGACCGUGGAGACCCUGGAGACGCAGCCUGGAGAGGAGGUCCUGCAGGCGCGGGGGACGGAGAAGGAGCCUCCCGGGCCCACAACUGACGGCGUCUGGGGCGGCGGCCGGCCCGGGGAUGCUGCCGGCCCGGCUUCCUCGUCCACCACUGCGCCUGCUCCGCGCUCUUCAAGGCCCACGGAGAAGGCGUUCACGGUGCCCAUCACGGACGUGACAGAGAACGCCCUCAAGGACCUGGACGACGUCAUGAAGACCACCAAGAUCAUCAUCGGCUGCUUCGUGGCCAUCACGUUCAUGGCCGCCGUGAUGCUCGUGGCCUUCUACAAGCUGCGAAAGCAGCACCAGCUCCACAAGCACCACGGGCCCACACGCACGGUGGAGAUCAUCAACGUGGAAGACGAGCUGCCCGCCGCCUCGGCGGUGUCCGUGGCCGCCGCUGCUGCCGUGGCCAGUGGGGGUGGCGUUGGCGGGGACAGCCACCUGGCCCUGCCUGCCCUGGAGCGCGACCACCUCAAUCACCACCACUACGUGGCGGCAGCCUUCAAGGCGCACUACAGCAGCAACCCCAGCAGCGGGGGCUGCGGGGGCAAGGGCCCGCCCGGCCUCAACUCCAUCCACGAACCUCUGCUCUUCAAGAGCGGCUCCAAGGAGAACGUGCAAGAGACGCAGAUCUGACGCUGCCACUGCCCGGUGGGGCCCCGGGCUCGGGACCUACUGGGACCCUCCGCACAGCCCCAGCCCCUGCGGACCGCCCGGGGACGGUUGGGGAAGAGGGGCUCAGAGCCCAUCUGGACCCCAGGGCGGCUGGCCCAGCAAGGACAGGGUGGGGCCCCAGGCAUGGAGUCCCGUGGUUCUGGGUGACCCGAGGGGAUGUGGGAUUCAGGAGAAGUGGCCGGAACCUUCCGCUUUUCCUCCUCGCUCUCCUGACCAACCAUCCUGGCCCUCCACCUUCCAGGGGGGAGGAGCUUUUUGGAGGGGGCGUACUUCCCCCUCAUCCCCAAAACCCCUCCUUUUACGGUUCAUUUUUUGCAGUUUGACGCCUGUUCCCCACCCCCACCUGUCCACCCUGGAAACUGAAAAGAGAGACACAUGGUCGUUAGCACCUCCGGACACCCUGGCCCUGCCCCCCUACUGAGUCCACUCCUGUCCCUUAGGCCGCUUGGCUGGGGGUGGGGCAGCCUCAGCCCGCCCCCUACAAUCUCCCCAGCCCUCACCCACCCCACAGACUCUUUUGAUACUGAAGGGAGGUUUGCGUCAACGACUACCUGCUCUGUAAUUACUUUAAAAAAACAA